AUGUGUUCUGGGGAAAGUCGAGAUCUACGUAUACCCAUGGAUGUUAUUCUCGGCGAUCCCACUACCGGAUCUCCAAAGCUCCCUGAUAAUACAGACCUGGUAACUCACAACUACCGAGCACGGCUUAUUCAAGAUCUCAAGUAUGCACAUCAGAUAGCCAGAGAACACGCGGAGGUUCAGAAAGUUACUCAAAAAAGCCAUUAUGAUAAACAUACGACCCCAAGAACCUACCGAAAAGGACAAUUAGUGUGGGUAGCUAUCCCAAGCGGGCCUCUCCCUGGAAAGUUAAGUCCAAAAUGGCAGGGUCCCUGCAGAAUAAUAAAACAGCUGACGCCAUUCUCAUUUAAAGUCCAGCGUCUAAAAGACGAAAUUGUUCUAGGAACGGUGAACGCAGAUCGUCAGAAACCCUUUCAUGAAAAAGAAGAAACACACCAAACAUCCUCAUCAAAACAUUCAAACCUCAAACCACUAACAUCGACAAAACAUAUACCACCACUGAUGUCUAUACCGGCUACUGUAAAACCGACACCACAAAUUCGAACGUCGGACCGCAUCCGAAAGCCCACUGUUCGAUAUAUCUCGUAA